UUGGACCAGGGAGGCAGAGGGUGAGAGACGGCUGGCAAGAGCUGAAGGGGUGCGAGGGUGGGGGAUGCUGGUUGGAGAAAGGGGAGUUGAUGCCGGCCGAGGGUGGUGGGCGUCAGGCUACGAAAGCUAGUAUGUCGCAGAACGUAGAUCGCGAGCGACGCGUUCCGCUUCCCCUAAUUCACGGUUUCGUCGACAACUGCGCGUCCCCCGAGGUCGAUCGUGUUGCCCGGAACACGUGGAGAUGAUUACCGUUCGGUGUGACAGUCCGCGUACCGCCCGCGUUCCCCAGUUCCCUUCAGCCGCUGGUGAAACGUGCUACGAGGCCGUUCAGCCGCUAAUUUCUGGCAACGGUUUCCUCGCGCGCGGCCUGUAAACACACACCCGGCCUGUAAACCCACUCGGGCUCGGCACGACCUCUCGCGACCAUCACGUAUUCACCGCCUCUCUUGCGUUCCCCGAGUUAUUGUGUUUUUAUCACUGUGAUCAAGACAACGUGUCUCGCCGAUGGAAGUGUGUUGUUACCCCGGAGUUUCGUGAUUCGCAGAAAAGGAAACGGUAGUUUAAGAAAAAAGUCGUCUUCGAUGUCGCUUGAAAAGUCAGUUCUACACGUUCGUUUCGCCAACCGUUACACCCUCCAAAAUCCAAAAAUCUAGUAGGGUUUCUUUGAAUGAAGACUAAUCUCGUACCGGAUGCCCCUCCGAUCAGCAGACGAGCGAUGUAAGUGAAUGCUUGGAUGAGACGUUGGACGAUACGCUGGACGAUUCGCGUGUGCGUUCGAUCGUCGAAAUGAUGGCCCGUGAAACGAUGUAGCCGCGAGUGUCUCGGUAAAAAGUGGCCGCGAGGAAGGUGUGUGGUGACUGGAAGAGGAAAGCCAGGAUUCUUGAUGCGAUGUGAAGUUCGUCAUGAACCACCCUGCGACCAGGGAUCCGCUUGGCUCCAGGUCGCCGGGAUGCUGCUACCACUCGUGGAACCCGCAGGUCUAUCCACCGUGCAGGGUGUGUCAGAGGCCGGUGUUAACGCUGCAGCAGUGUACCGUGCGUCAUCCGGCGUCGUACGUGCGUCCCUCGUAUCCGGAACCGGGACUGCAUGAGGAACGUCCGCGACGUCAACGAUCGGCCGAGACGCCGUCGCCACGCAGGCACGUCGAUAUCGUCGACAGGCGGCCACCCUCUAACCCGUAUUACCACACGCAUCCACCGCCGAGCUCCUCCUCCGGGCAUCAUCUGAGCAAGUCGGUCAGCGCGGCCAGACUUGGCUCGCCCGGUGGAUCGCUCGGUCAACGCUCGCCCGGUAUCCGGGUGCAAAAACCACCGGCAUUCGAAACGCCUCAUAGAUGGAUCGGGGAGGAGACCAAGAAGUCGCUGCCGAUCCACGUUUAUAAAUACUACCUCGCUCACACCAAGGAAUACCGUCGUCAGAACAUCAAGGUAAGUGUCACUUCGAUGAUUGUUGCUAGUUAAUACCGUUCUACAAUAUUAACACUUCUCAAGGAGGUAAGUUCUUGUCAAUUUUUUAUUAAAAUUGACGUUAAACGU